GACGAAAGAAAAAAGAAAAGGAAUCAUCAUUCAAACGUAGUGAUUCAUUUAAACGAAUUUCCAUUCGUAAAAAUUAUUUGGAUCGAGGUGGUAAGAAAAAGCAUCAUCAGAAACAAUUGGAAGCACUUUGCGAUGAUCCUCAUGAGAUUACAGCAAUUGUUAAACCAAUUGUGAGUAUUGUACAAGAAGUACCUGAAGAAGAUUUACCGACUACUUCAAGCAAAAAUAAUGGAAGUAGCAGUAACCUUCACUCGGUUGUGGAACCGCAACCUAAAAUUGUUCCCUACGGACAAUGGUUAAAAGGAGUUAAGGUUGCGGAAAAUAAACCAAAAGUUUCAACGGUGAAAGGUGCUGAACGAACGGUUAUUUACAUACCAGCGGCAGAUGAGGAAGAACAUUUAACUUCUUUAAGUGUGCCUCAACAACCGGCUUCGGUUGUAACAGUUACAACAAAUGGCAGUGAUAAACAACAUUUCAAUUCGGAUAAAAAUAAUCUAAGUCGAAAAGUUAGUAAUGACUCAGCGGUUGAACUCUUUCCCUGGGGUGAUUCCAUCGAAGUUAUGAAGUUAAACAAAUCACCCACAUUUCGACGACGAAAUCGGCCAACAACGUCUUCAAGUUCGGUGCUAUUUUCAGAAGCGUCAGGUGGCAAUGAUGAAAUGUGUUCGUUAAGUGUUAGUCUAGGUCGAAUUUGGAUGGAUGCUCCUAUGGUAAUGUCACCUCGAAGUUUAGAAUUACCACGAUCGUCAUCUCAAUCGAAUGAAACAACCAUACAUCACUCUUUAGACAGUGGACUAAAAGAAAGGCGUGAUGAUCCUUUAAUAAAUAGAUUACAAACUCAUUACCCAAAGAAAUCAUCCACGAAUAGUUCUUCAGGUGCCGUAAGUCGAACGUUGUCUUCGAGUACACAAAACAGUGAAACUAAAACCACAUCCUCGAAUAUGUUUUCGAGUAAAGAUUCAGGGUUCUCGUUUUCAAUUUCCAUUCCAAAAUUAACGGAUUCGUCUUCCAGUAAUGUACCAUCAUCAUCUAGUCGGGGUGGCUUCUUUCGUAGUAAACGACCGAAACCGAAAUUAUCGGUUAGUCGUGAUGGUUACUUUAAACGAACGAGUAUGGUAAUUGAAAGUAAAACUGAUUUUAAUAAACGAACCAGUAAUCGUAGCAAAAAAGGAAAUCGUAAUUCUGGGCGAUCGUUUAAAAAGAAAGUCAUUCCCCCACGAACCGAUUUAUAUCAAGUCAUUGUAAAUCGACCACCUCGAUGUUUGAAAAAUUUAAAAUUAGAUCCUAUGAUAUUUGUACCACCAGAAAAACGUAAAACUUCCAUACGAAAGAAACAAUCAUUUAAAUUGACAGUUCGAGAAAUUCGUGAGUAUCGUAAAGAAGAAGAAACAGAAUCACAACCUAAUUACGAAACGCUAAAUUCUAGUUUAUAUGAAAGUAUAGCGGGAGAUUUCUAUGAUAAUGUCCCAUCGGAAACUAUGUCUGGUCGAAAAUCACGAAUCGAUAAUAUUAGCUUAAGUAAAGAUGAAGAAAUUUAUAACUUCUCAUCAGAACGUUCUGAAAUUAUCGAAACUAAAUCGAAUGUGGAGAAUUCGACGAAAGAAAAAGUUUUCGAUGAAGAUGAUAGUAACAUUACAAGUGAUUUUUAUUCGAAUGGUAAAAAGUGUAGUUUACGUGAAUUCUUUGUUGCGGAUAUUCAACCACCUUCAACGUCCUCAAAAACCCAACAAACUGAUAGUGUUAGUGAUUGUGAUGAAUCGCGUUCAUCGGAUAAUGUAUCAACGUCAUCCAGUAAUUAUGAACCAGAGGAAGAUGAUGAUAGUGAUGUGUUAUUAGAUUAUAGUGAUAUUGAAUGUGUACCAUUAGGUGUAUCACCAGUACCGAAAAAACGACCUGUACGUCGAAGAAAAUCAGCGUUAUCACAAAAACGAGCUGUUUCUUAUGUUGCACGACCUGGGAUUUAUCGUACACCAUCAACUUUACGAUAUAGUAAAAGUAAAAAGAAUAAAGGUGAUAUUACACAAAAAGGUUAUGAAAAGAAGAGAACAAGACUGCUAUCACCUUAUGUUCCAAAACAAGCACAAAGCACGGCAGGCUUAAAUGGCAGUAAUGGCAGUGGUUUAAUCGUGCCAAAUGCCGCAAGCAGUGGGGGUGGCUGUAGAGAUAGCGGUGGUGGCGGUAAUAGCAGACAGCGUACGCGUCGCACACAACGCCGUGUCACACAUAAUGAGAAGAGAUAUCAUUCAGAAGUACGACAAGAGGCUGUUCAACAAGCACUUGCUGCAAUGCAAAAUCGACCAAAACCAUCACUACCAAUGCCAUCAAAACGUACAUCAGUUAUGGCUAAAAGCCCUGAUCGUGAACGACACGAUUCCGCAUCAAGUUCAGAUGACGAUAGUUUAGUGGAGUGUGGAGGAGUGGGUUCACAACAAUUACCACCACCCCCUCCACCCCCAUUGUCCGAUACAAGCAGUGCUGGUUCACCACCACCACAUCACAAACAGCACUCGCGUUCCAAGCAUGAAAUCACUGACAUCACUGAUGUUAUGCACAACCUACGUCCAUACACACAACCACCAGAUGUUACACAUAAUACAGCACAAAAUCGUCGACCAGCGGCCGCAGAUCGAGUAAAUCGCUACGGAACAUCUGCAUCAGAUGAUACGAUAAGCAUGGGUACAGGUCGUUGGAAAGUUUCAGCAAAAAUACAACAAUUAUUAAACACAUUAAAAAGACCAAAGCGACGACCAUUACCAGAAUUUUAUGAAGACGAUGAUAUUGAAUUAGAAAUUGCUGCAAAUCCAAAAGAUCCAAAUGCACCGAAACCAGAGGGUAGUGCAAUGACAGCUGCUGUUGGCGAACCAUUAGUUGUACCCACUGGAUUACCGAGAAAUUUAGAAGCAGCUAUACAACGAUAUGGUUCUGCAACGUUUAAAGCACCUGUGGCAACAGUUUCUGAUCCAAAUGGGAAAUUAACAGUAACGCUUACUUAUGGAAAACUUCUAAGUCGUUCACAUAAAAUUGCAUACACUUUACUAAAUAAAUGUUUCAGUAAAGGUGGUGAAAGUAGUUUAAAAUCUGGUGAUCGGAUAGCAUUAGUUUAUCCAAACAACGAUCCAAUAAACUUUUUAUGCGCCUUAUAUGGUUGUUUUCAAGCUGGCAUUGUUCCAGUACCAAUUGAAGUUCCUUUAACACGACGCGAUGCUGGAUCACAGCAAAUCGGAUUUUUAUUAGGAAGCUGUGGUAUUCAAGUGGCAUUAACAUCUGAAGCAUGCUUGAAAGGUUUACCAAAAACAACUGCGGGUGAUGUUGUUACAUUUAAAGGUUGGCCAAAAUUACAUUGGUUAGUCACGGAACAUUUACCAAAACCACCGAAAGAUUGGUUACCACCACCUCGAUUAACCGAUGAUACACCCGCAUAUAUUGAGUAUUCAACAGAUCGUGAAGGCUCCGUUAUGGGUGUAACAGUUACUCGGGCAGCUAUGUUAAAUCAUUGUAGAAUGUUAACAAUGGCAUGUGGCUAUACCGAAGGAGAAAAUAUGGUAUGCGUUUUGGAUUUUAAACGAGAAGUGGGUCUCUGGCAUGGAGUUUUAACGAGUGUGUUAAAUGGGAUGCAUGUCAUCUAUAUACCUUACGCUGUGAUGAAAGUAAAUCCUGCAUCAUGGAUGCAAAUGAUUACAAAAUAUCGUGCAAGUGUUGCCAUUGUGAAGUCUCGAGAUUUACAUUGGGGUUUACUUGCAACAAAAGAUCAUAAAGAUAUUAAUUUAGCAUCGUUAAGAAUGCUCUUGAUUGCUGAUGGCGCAAAUCCAUGGUCUUUAUCAUCAUGUGACCAAUUUCUAUCAGUAUUUCAAACAAAAGGAUUAAGGCCAGAUGCAGUAUGCCCGUGUGCAUGUUCAAGUGAAGUAUUAACAGUGUCACUACGAAGGCCAGGCCGAGCUGGUGCAGCAACUGGCCGUGGAGUAUUAUCAAUGGCAGGUUUAAGUCAUGGUGUGGUGCGAGUUGAUCAAGAGAAUUCAUUAACGUCAUUAACGCUACAAGACUGUGGACAAGUAAUGCCUGGCUGUGAAAUUGUAGUCAUUAAAAUGGAUAAUACACCAUAUUUAUGUAAAACCGAUGAAGUGGGUGAAAUUUGUGUUAGUUCGGGUGCAACUGGUAGUCAAUAUUGGGGUUUACCUGGUUUAAGUAAUUCAACGUUCCGUGUACAACCGUUAACACCAACGGAAGGAACGCCAGAUUCAACAACGGCUCGAAAUGAAAAACCAACUGGAGUUGCUGCUGCAACCGGCGAAUUUACCCGAUCCGGGCUAUUAGGAUUCUUAGGACCAGGUGGACUGGUAUUUGUUUGUGGCUCCAGAGAUGGUUUAAUGACUGUUACAGGACGUAAACAUAAUGCGGACGAUAUUAUAGCAACAGUUCUUGCCGUUGAACCAAUGAAAUUUAUAUACAGAGGUCGUAUUGCUGUGUUUAGUAUUCGUGUUCUACGGGACGAAAGAAUAUGUGUGAUUGCUGAACAACGUCCAGAUUGUAGCGAAGAAGAGAGUUUUCAAUGGAUGUCACGUGUAUUACAAGCUGUUGAUUCAAUUCAUCAGGUUGGCGUAUAUUGUUUGGCAUUAGUUCCAGCAAAUCAUUUACCAAAAACACCAUUAGGUGGUAUACAUUUAUCAGAGAGUCGACGAAGAUUUUUGGAAGGCACAUUACAUCCAGCCAAUGUAUUGAUGUGUCCGCAUACAUGUGUUACAAAUUUACCAAAACCACGUGAAGUACAUUCCGCCGCAUGUGUUGCAGACGUGGGACCAGCAUCGGUAAUCGUUGGAAAUUUGGUGCAAGGAAAUCGAUUGGCCAGUGCACAAGGACGAGAAUUGGGACCACCAGAAGAAGAAAGCAGUGAUGCGGCUAGAAAAUAUUUAUUCCUAUCAGAGAUUUUACGAUGGCGUGCACAUUCAACUCCAGAUCAUGUACUAUUCACCUUACUCAAUGCAAAAGGAGGCGUAUCAAGAGCAAUGUCGUGUGCGGAACUACAUAAGAGAGCUGAGCGUGUUGCAAGUUUGCUGUCGGAGCGUGGACGUGUUAAUACUGGGGCACAUGUUGCAUUGGUUUAUCCACCUGGUUUGGAUUUAGUUUGUGCAUUUUAUGGAUGUUUAUAUGUUGGCGCGGUUCCAGUCACAAUACGACCCCCACACCCUCAAAAUUUGCAUACAACGUUACCAACAGUGCGUAUGAUUGUUGAUGUCAGUAAAGCAGCGUUAGUAUUAUCAAGCACCCCAGUGAUUAAGUUAUUACGAUCAAAAGAAGCUGGUGGUGUCAUUGAUAUAAAAUCUUGGCCACCAAUCUUGGACACAGAUGAUGCUACAAAGCGUAAACCCGCAGUACCAUAUAAAGCACCCACAGCAGAAAUGUUAGCGUAUCUAGAUUUUAGUGUAUCGACCACGGGUAUGUUAGCGGGAAUUAAAAUGUCACAUUCAGCUGUAACGUCGCUAUGUCGAAGCAUGAAGUUAGCAUGUGAACUGUAUCCAAGUCGACAUGUUGCUCUGUGUUUAGAUCCAUAUUGUGGUCUAGGCUUUGCACUAUGGGUUUUAAGUAGUGUAUACUCUGGACAUCAUUCAAUUUUAAUACCACCGUCAGAAGUGGAAGUGAAUCCCGCGUUAUGGUUAACUGCUGUAAGUCAACAUCGUGUCCGCGACACAUUCUGUUCAUAUGGUGUGAUGGAAUUAUGUACAAAAGGUUUAGGCUCAUCUGUUGGACAAUUAAAAGCACGUGGUUUAAGUUUAGCAUGUGUACGCACAUGUGUUGUUGUCGCCGAAGAAAGGCCACGAAUUGCUUUAACAACAAGUUUUUCAAAAUUAUUUUCCGCGUUAGGAUUAAGUCCACGAGCUGUGAGCACGUCAUUCGGAUGUCGAGUGAAUGUUGCAAUAUGUUUACAAGGUGCAGCUAGUCCCGAACCAUCUAGUGUUUACGUAGAUCUACGCGCGUUACGUAAUGAUCGUGUUACGCUAGUUGAACGUGGUAGUCCACAUUCGUUAUGUUUGCUUGAAUCAGGUAAAUUAUUACCUGGCGUUAAAGUGAUAAUUGCAAAUCCAGAGAGUCGAGGACAAUGUGGAGACUCACAUUUAGGGGAAAUAUGGGUACAAGCACCACAUUGUGCUAGUGGAUAUUUUACAAUAUAUGGUGAUGAAAGUGAAUAUGCCGAUCAUUUUAAUGCGAAACUUGUAACGGGUGGUACUGGUGAAGUUUAUUGCCGUACUGGUUAUUUAGGCUUUUUACGACGUACUGAAGGCGGUAGUGGUGGUCAAUUGGGUGGAGAUACUGAUUUAUUAAAUGAUGAUGUAUCCAGUUUAUCAGAAACAUCUUCGAUACAAACCAUACCACAAUCGAUACAACAAAAUGAAACUGCAGUAGAAUUACAUGAUGCUGUAUUUGUCGUGGGUGCCCUAGAUGAAACGAUUAUGUUAAGAGGAAUGCGAUACCAUCCAAUUGAUAUUGAAAAUAGUGUAUUGAGGUGUCAUAAGAAAAUUGCUGAAUGUGCCGUUUUUACAUGGACAAAUUUACUGGUUGUGGUAGUUGAAUUAGAUGGCAAUGAAAGUGAAGCAUUAGAUGUAGUACCAUUGGUUACAAACACUGUUUUAGAAGAACAGCAAUUAGUCGUUGGUGUAGUUGUUGUUGUUGACCCUGGUGUUGUACCUGUUAAUUCACGUGGAGAAAAACAACGGAUGCAUUUAAGGGAUGGUUUCUUGGCAGAUCAAUUAGAUCCUAUUUAUGUUGCAUAUAAUAUGUAAAAUGUUUAAAAUAGGUCCAAUUAUUUAUGGAAAAAAUCGUUGUUA